AUGGCCUGUGCCCAUAACUGCAUGAUCCGGGGCUUAAACAGCAUCUACCUCCAAGCGGAGUAUGUCAAGAAACUUCAAGACAUUAAAGAUUUUCUGUUUUUCGUCAAGUCCUGGGUAGACUGGGUGUCCGACCAUCAUAUCCUCGAAGAAAAACAGAUGUUUCCCGGCUUCGAGAAAGUCAUUGAGUAUGGCAGUCAGUCUAGCCGUGUAAAUUACGAUGCUGCGACGAUCCGUAGAACUAUUGAGGAAAUGGCCCCCAGUUUCCACCGCCAUCUAAGCGACGAAAUCAACAGUCUCCUCUCAAUGCAGCCUUAUAAUGGAGCAGCAUUGUUGAAGGUGUACAAAUAUUGUGUAGCAGAAGCAACCAAGAAAGACAAGCAAGUGGUCCCUCCUAUGGUACUUGGCCUGCGGGACGUCACUUUCGAGGGAGGAAACAAGUGGCCUUCACUGCCCCCCAUGGCUGCAUGGGUGAUAUCUUAUUUUCUGGCCUGCCGGCAUUCUGGCUCAUGGCGCUUCCUUCCAUGUGACAGCUGGGGGAAGCCUCGCGCAUUGGCAUUUGGACCUGGGGGUGACAACGAAGCAACAAUGGACUAA